AAACCCAAAAACCCCAAAAAAAAAAACUCAAGGGUCUCUCUCUAACCCUUUAUUAAGCCCCGUCUCCGUGUUAAUACGUUGCUGUUUCGCGUGCAAACCUUUCAGAUUGUUCCAGAAAAAACCCCUCAAAACCCUUUCUCCUUCUUCGAUCGCUUCGUCAGUUAAUUUUGUUGGCUGGGAGAUUAACCGAAGAUGAGCGUGGUCGGUUUUGAUUUCGGUAACGAGAGCUGCAUUGUUGCUGUUGCGAGGCAAAGGGGGAUUGAUGUUGUGCUCAACGAUGAGUCCAAGCGGGAGACCCCGGCGAUUGUGUGCUUUGGUGACAAGCAGCGGUUCCUUGGAACAGCUGGGGCAUCGUCUACUAUGAUGAAUCCAAAGAAUUCGAUCUCGCAGCUUAAGAGGUUGAUUGGCAGACAGUUUGCUGAUCCGGAAUUGCAGCGGGAUCUGAAGUCGUUGCCUUUUGCUGUCACGGAAGGACCUGAUGGAUUUCCGUUGAUUCACGCACGGUACCUGGGUGAAACUAGAACAUUCACACCUACCCAAGUAUUUGGAAUGAUGUUGUCAAAUCUUAAAGAAAUAGCCCAGAAGAAUUUGAAUGCAGCUGUUGUUGAUUGCUGUAUUGGAAUUCCGAUUUAUUUUACUGAUCUUCAGAGGAGAGCCGUCUUGGAUGCAGCCACUAUUGCAGGCUUGCAUCCACUUCGCUUGUUCCAUGAAACCACUGCAACUGCCUUGGCAUAUGGAAUUUAUAAGACUGAUCUUCCUGAGAAUGAUCCGCUGAAUGUUGCCUUUGUUGAUGUUGGACAUGCUAGCAUGCAAGUCUGCAUUGCUGGAUAUAAGAAGGGGCAGCUGAAAGUGUUGGCCCAUUCUUAUGAUAGGUCUCUGGGUGGGAGGGACUUUGAUGAGGUCCUAUUCAAUCAUUUUGUUGCAAAAUUUAAGGAGCAGUACAAGAUUGAUGUUUUACAGAACGCCAGGGCCUGCCUAAGGCUGAGGGCUGCGUGUGAGAAGUUGAAGAAGGUGCUUAGUGCAAAUCCAGAGGCACCUUUGAACAUUGAGUGCUUAAUGGAUGAAAAGGACGUUAGGGGCCAUAUAAAGCGGGAUGAGUUUGAGCAACUAAGUCUUCCCAUUUUGGAACGUGUGAAAGGACCUUUAGAGAAGGCACUUGCAGAAGCAGGUCUUACAAUUGAGGAUGUGCAUAUGGUUGAGGUGGUUGGUUCUGGUUCUCGUGUACCAGCUAUAAACAAAAUAUUGACUGAGUUUUUUAAAAAGGAGCCUAGGAGGACAAUGAAUGCUAGUGAAUGUGUUGCUAGGGGUUGUGCUCUGCAAUGUGCAAUUCUCAGUCCAACUUUUAAAGUUCGGGAGUUUCAGGUCAAUGAAAGCUUUCCUUUCUCAAUUUCUCUGUCGUGGAAAGGUUCAGAUUCAGAUGCACCAGAUAGUGGAGCAGAUAACAAGCCAAGUACCCUUGUUUUUCCCAAGGGAAAUCCCAUACCAAGUUUCAAGCAACUGACAUUCUUCAGGACGGGAACCUUUUCAAUUGAUGUACAAUAUGAUGAUGUGAGUGGUUUGACUACACCUGCAAAAAUCAGCUCAUACACUAUUGGCCCUUUCCAAUCUACUAAAGGUGAAAAGGCAAAAGUUAAAGUGAAAGUUCGUUUGAAUCUGCAUGGAAUUGUAUAUGUUGAGUCAGCAACUCUUAUCGAGGAGGAAGAAAUUGAAGUUCCAGUUGCCAAAGAGUCAGCUGGAGAAAGUACCAAGAUGGAAACUGAUGAUGCUUCUGCACCACCUAGCUCCAAUGACAAUGAUGUUAACAUGCAAGAUGCUACAACAAUCCCUGCUGAUACCCCUGGAGCCGAAAAUGGCAUCCCUGAGGCAGGAGAUAAGCCUGUGCAGAUGGAUACUGAUACCAAGGUUGAAGCUCCAAAGAAAAAGGUGAAAAAAACCAAUGUUCCUGUGGCAGAGAUAGUUUAUGGGGCGAUGGCAUCUGUGGAUGUCCAGAAAGCUGUAGAAAAGGAGUUUGAAAUGGCUUUGCAAGACCGAGUGAUGGAGGAAACAAAAGACAAGAAAAAUGCAGUUGAGGCUUAUGUUUAUGACAUGAGAAACAAGCUUAGUGACAAAUACCAAGAGUUCGUCACUCCUUCAGAUAGGGACAGUUUGAUGGCUAUACUUCAGGAGGUGGAAGACUGGCUAUAUGAGGAAGGUGAAGAUGAGACCAAAGGGGUAUACGUUGCCAAGCUAGAGGAGCUCAAAAAGCGAGGUGAUCCAAUAGAAGAGCGUUACAAAGAGUACACAGAUAGAGGUGCAGUUAUUGACCAACUUGUCUAUUGUAUAAAUAGCUACAGAGAAGCUGCAAUGUCAAAUGAUCCCAAGUUCGAGCACAUUGACAUCAACGAGAAACAGAAGGUCUUAACUGAAUGUGUUGAAGCCGAGAACUGGCUUAGGGAGAAGAAGCUCCAACAGGACUCGCUCCCAAAACAUGCCAACCCUGUACUCUUGUCAGCUGACAUAGGAAAGAGAGCUGAGGCUGUUGAUAAGUUCUGUAAGCCUAUAAUGACGAAACCAAAGCCGGUGAAGCCAGCUACACCAGAACCAGCAACCCCGCCUCCUCAGGGUGGAGACCAGCAGCAGCAACAACAGCAGCCACCUCAGGGCGAUGCUAAUGCCAGCCCUAAUGAGAAUGCAGGGGAAAGCGGCGAUCAGGUCCCACCAGCUUCUACUGAGCCAAUGGAGACUGAAAAACCAGACAACACUGGCUCUGCCUAAAUUUUGUGGUUGAGUUUAAUUUUCCUCUGAAAUUCCAAUUCAAUAGUUUCUAUCUUUUCUUGUAAGAACAUUGAUAUGGAUUUGUGCCUCGAAAAAUAGCUUUGGGUGAGAUGACAAUUAUUUAUUAUGGGUUCUAGA